AUGUCAAAUAAUAGCAAUAAUAAAAAAAACAAUAAAAAAAAUAACAAACAAAAGCAACAGAGUGACAAGACUAAUAAGUCGACUAAUAAAUCAUCACCUACCAAGUCAAACAAACAAAAGCAGCAAAGGUUUCAAGAAGAAAUACCAAGCGAAAGAUCUAAUCGUCAACAGGAAAGAAUGGAAAAAGAAAUCAAACAAACAAAGCAGCAAAGGUUUCAAGAAGAUACACCGAGCGAAGGAUCUAAGCAUCAAUGGGAAAGAACAGAAGAAGAAAGUGAUCCGAAUAAGAUGAGUAACAAAACUAAUAAGUCGACUAGCAAAUCGGCACCCAUCAAAACGGAAGAAGAAAGUAAUCUGAAUAAGACGAGUGACAAGACCAAUAAGUCGACUAACAAAUUAUCACCCAUCAAGUCAAACAAACAAAAGCAGCAAAGGUUUCAAGAAGAAACACCGAGCAAAGGAUCUAAACGUCAACGGGGAAGAACAGAAGAAAAAAGUGAUCUGAAUGAGACGAAAAAAACACCAAGCGAAGAAUCUAAUCGUCAACGGGAAAGAACGGAAGAAGAAAGUGAUCUGAAUGAGACGAGUGACAAGACCAAUAAGUCGACUAGCAAAUUGGCACCCAUCAAGUUGAUCCUCAAAUCUGUAAAGUCGAUCAAGUUGACUCAAGAAGAGUUUGACAAUGAGGUUAUAGAAAUUGAACUGCCAAAUAUUCCUAAAGAUCAACAAGAAAUGUUAUCAGAAAUGAAAAAACAAUAUGGGAAUAUUCGAAUUUCACAAAAAUUUGUAUUAGUGGUUAAAGAUGAUCAAGGUAAUGAAAAGAUAAUCGAUGACGACGAUACUAAUUUAGAAGCAAAAAAUCUAAAAUUAAAGAAACAAAUUGAUGAAGUACAAGCAGAUGGAUCUCGAACAGCUGGCAAAAUGUCAAAAAGAAUUAAGACAAAAAAGUUCGAGUGGUAUGAGGAAGAAUUGGAGGAAGAAGGGUCUGGUUCUAACAAUAAUGAUAAGUACGACGAAAAAGAAGCUAGGGCUGAAAUGAAGUCUAUUUUGAAAACCAUUGAUGAAACUCGAGGACUAGAUUAUAAUGAAAUGUUCAAUAACGCGAAAAAUCUCAAGAUUCGUCGUAAUCUAGUCCCUGAAUUGCGUUCAGCCCUUACUCUAUUAAUGGAUAUGGGAAAAGCUGAUGAAAAUAAACAUUGGGUGCACUCAAACAAUCAAGUACACGACGUUAGUAAUGAUUUAUAA